AUGGCGCUGCGGUUUCCUCAUCUUUCGAGGCUGAUCAAAGAUGAUAGAGGCACCUUCAUGUUCAUCGGCGACUCGGCCAACCACAGCUUCCUCCAGAAUAUCCGUCGUAUUGUUCGCGAGCGUGUCGGGGAUUGCAUCUUCGUCGAUGAUCCAAUGAGGCACUACAUGGUUGAGGCAUGCCCAAGCAAAGGUCAUAAUUCGCUGCUCCAUCAUGGGACGGAGCCACCACCUAGACCAACAGAGGAGGAGGCAAAAUCAUUUGUGUACUGGUACCGGCAAGCCACGCACUCUAUUCUCCAGCUUUUCGACGACGCCAAAAUAUGUGACGAUAUCCUUGACUGGCUACGUCUACCUCAAGAGCCCGUCGAUGCAAUCAGUGCCACAUAUUCGUUGAUACUGGCCAUUGGCGCCCAGGCGUGCCCCGACAACUACGACGAGCGAGCCGAGCGACAUUUCAACUAUGGAAGAUACGUGACAUUGGCAACUCUAAUGGAUGAUCCAAGCAUCGCCACUACUCAAUGCCAUGUUCUUAUAGCCAUGUAUCUUCUAGCCCAAUCACGCCGGAACGCCGCCUUUAUGUAUUUGGGUAUAGCUGUACGUGGAGCUUAUGCUUUGGGACUCCACAGAGAAGAUGUAUCUGCAUUGUACGAUCCAAACGAGUACAUGACAAGAGAGCGUCUAUGGAAAGGCAUCAGAGCUCUGGAUUUGUUUAUGAGUGCAUCACUUGGCAGACCGCCGGCCACCCUGGAAACUCGCGAUACCGCAUCGAAGGAGCACUACUCAGCCAUGAAUGACUUGUCAUACAUUUUUGAGAACAUAUUAACCGAAGUCUAUGCAAAGAGAAUGAUUACAACAGAAUGUCUCAAGAAGAUCAGCGAGCUUCAUCGGGGCUGGGCGACUAGAUUCGGCGGAGGCCUGAGGGACAAUAUUCCUCCUCGUGACGAAGUACAAACAGAAGCCGGGACAGGGCCAAAUAUCGGGCUCAUUCAUCUGAAAGAGGCCUAUUAUUGGACCAUCAUGUUAUUGUCUCGACCAUUUUUAAUCGACUAUAUUUCUUCAUCGUCGCCGCCAGAAGAGAAGGACUCGUCCUCCAACACAAGUCAACCCACGUCUUCGCUGUCCCCCUCACGCCACAUUCUUGCCCAAGCAUGCGUUGAUUCAGCCGUUCGUACCGUGGAUCUCUUUCAGCCGCUAUUAACCAACAAGUUGACACCGAAGAGGCUGCCCUUUGUUGUGAAUUCAGCAUUUGCAGCAUCACUGAUCAUUGGGGUUGCUCUUUUCAGUGAUCUCGAAGGAUCCGUGCCAUUACGAAGGAAACGAUUGGGAGACGCUUGUAAAGUGCUGGAAAAAUUCAGUGUCCACGACCCUGUGACGCAACGCUAUCUGGGAAUUGUCGAGAAGUUGAUUAGUGCUUGCGAUAUGUUCUUGGAGCUACAGCAGCAAAAGAGGAUGGAAUACAACAACGAUCUAAUUGCAAGGCUAUUCGGCCGUCUCGAUGGAGAGGUCGCAAUGAAAGACGCAAGGACUACAAACGGGAACUCUGGAGAUGUCGCCGGAUGGCACAGAAUAUGGGAGUCCGAACCUGUACCGCUCAGCCAACCGACUCCGCCGGCAACAGAAAGCAGCGCCGUGAUUAAUAGCCAUCCAGAAAAUGAGGAUUUGGGAGAAAUCAGAUACGAGGGCGCGAUUAUACAGCGAGACGACUGCGAUAAUCCGUCACUUCAAAAUCAGACCAUAGUUGGCGACAUCGGGAACUUUCUGUCUCCAAGAACACUCUGGUUUGAUGCAUAUGACAAUGGGACAUUAUUUCCUACCGUUGGAGUUAGUAUGUUGGACUUUGCAAGUCUAGAAGGAGAUCGUCAUAACGGUUAG